AUGUCGGUUCCGGGGCGCAAGCUGUUUCUCCUGGUCCUGAACUUCCUGAGCCUCAUCCUGUUCUCUGGGACUGUCUUCGGCUGGACAGCCCUCUCUCAGAUCUUGGUGAAAGAGAACUUCUACUCAGAGCGUUGUGAAGCUGGCCCACCUUGCGACGCACAAACAGCAGCCUUGAAUGCUGCGUUUACACUUGCGAGUACUGCGUACGGUUUGUCCUCUUUGCCAGGAGGUCUUCUGCUUGACAAAGCAGGGCCGCUGGUGACAAUCAUUGUCGGCGGCACCAUAGGUGUUCUGAGCGUCACGGGUAUCGCAUGCUUGAGGUUCACAUUCCAUAGCUGGCAUGUGGAUCUUUUCCCUCCUAUGCUUGUAGGAGUGGCGAUUGGAGGCUCGUUGAUUCGAUUCUGUGGCUAUUCUGUCGGGUUCCUUUUUCCCUCGCACUCGGCUUUGCUAAUUGCCACUGCCAGUGUCCUCUUUGAUGGAAGUUGUUUGGUCUUCCCAGUCCUACGGGCCAUUUACAGUGUUGCAGAGUACGAGGCCGUGUUCGGAGGCUAUGCAGUCCUCGGUCUUAUCCUGUUUAUCUUGCUUCCUAUAGCUUGGAAGAUGAACAUGCCCGAGAUGCAGCGAGUUCGCGCAGAAGCCAAGUCCAGACAACAGACAGGUGGAUCCAUAGAGACAAAAACGCUUCUCCAACAGAUGCAGAGUUUGGAGUUUCUCGCGGUCUUGUUGUUCAGCACUGUCCAACUAACACAUUCGAAUCUUUACAUCGGCUCCGUCAACGACAUAAAUGCCGAGAUCGCAGAAAAGACGAAAAGCACGGAGCAGCUUCUGCAUGUGAAUACGCUCGUUUCCUUCAUCAUUCCUAUGGGAUUCCUGGCUGUGCCGGCAAUCACGGCUUCCAUACGACGGUUUGGCAAUGUUGGGACCCUGCAAAUAACCAAUGCUUUGGGGGUCGUGGUGAACGUCCUCCAACUGCUUCCGAGUUUGUGGCUUCAGGUUCUCACAGUCUGUGUGUUUGCGAUCUUCAGGGCAUUUCUCUUCAGCAAUGUGCCGCAAUUCAACGCUCACUACUUCGGCGUCUUGAACAUGGGCAAGAUUCAAGGUGUUUGCUUUCUGUCAGGAGGUCUCGUGAACUUGGUGCAGAACCCGUUGAUCAACUAUAGCCUACUGACGCUGAACAACUUUAAUCCUAUGCUGGUGCUAUGCAUAGCUGUAACCAUCAUCCCAUCCUGUGCUUGUGCGGCGUUGCAGUUUCGGGAAAGGCGGAAGAUCAGAGAAACGCUCUUAAACUCUCCACCGGGGUCCCCGCCUAUGCCGCGACCACGAGCGCGGAGUGCUUCUUUGGUUUCUAUUGCCUCCAUGGGUGAGGGCAUUCGGCGCUCUUCGUCUCUCGGCGUUUUGGCUUCGCCAAUGCACGGGAGCAGCACCUCGCUGCAAGUGAUGAGUCUUUGCCCGAGCAGCUCCGAAGGGGACCUUGCAGACUUCGAUCUGGAUCGACACGGCGUGUCUAUGGUUGAAGAGGAACCUCAAACGAGCUAUCACAGGGAGGGCGCCUCGUGA